CGAUAUGGGUCCGACUUCGAGUUUAGCAGUACAUAAUUUGUUUUAACCUGCGUUUCGAAACCGUUCAUUUCAUUGGUUGAUAUAUUUAGCAGCGCCAUCUUCAAAAACAACAAGCUAACAAGAAAUAAUAUGGCCUCCCUUGCUUUCCAACCAUAUGUUGAUAAAGAGAAUGCAGGAUCAUUUGGAGUCAGACCCAAUAAAGGACAGAUAGGUGGCGGACUAGGGAAGGUGUUCAACAAAGGUAAUGAACAGAGUCUUGUCACACCUAGACGUGCACUGGGGGAUGUAAACAGAGAUCUAAAGGCUGUGAAUAAUGGACCUGGUCUAAAACCUAUGCAGAAACCUUCAGGACUACCACUGCAGAGCAAAGGGCUUCAAAUGAAAUCGACUAACAUACAGCCCCUGACUGGUCGAUCUGGUAAUAUAAUGCAGAAACCAUCCAUGAAUGAAAACCUUAGGAAAAAGUCGAUAAGUACCAAUAAAGUUACAGUCAAAAUAGAGCCUGUUCACAAAAGAAUAGCAGAGGAUAUAGAACAUAUGCACAUUCCUAAAGAAGAAGAGGAUGAUUUUGAGGACAUUUGGCCCAAAUCUGACAGAAUAAGUACAUACCUUAAUAAGUUAGUACGUUGGAGACCACCUUGUUUGUUUGGGGAAUUGCCUGACUCAAGUGACGAGGAAGAAGAGAAGUUAGAGAGGCAGAGGAUGAAGGAGGAAGAGGAAAGAAAGAUGGUAGCAUCUUUGGCAAAAUAUUCAACACAAAAAUCAGAUUGUUCAGAUGAAUUUAGAUUUGAAGAUUUAUUAGAACCAGAAGAUUUUGAAGAUGUUCCUCUCCCCUCAAUAUCUCUAGAUAAUUCUAUAGACUUACUGCCAAACAUUGGACCUCUACAACUCAAAGAAUGAAUGUGAACAUACAUUUACAUUUUAUUUUAAGAAUUGCUGCAGAAUCCAUGAUUUAGAUAUAAUAGCAGAAUAUUUGAUCUGGAAUUGGGCAUUUGUAAUGCAAUACUCAACUGAUCUGCUAGUCGUGAUGUAAUAAUAAGGUUGCUAUGAUAAAUUGAUAAUUUUAUAUUACUACAAACAUUACUGCAAUGUAUAUAUUUAAUGAAUGUGUAUAGCUGUGUCUUUUAAGUGUGGAAGUGAGUUUGAUACAGGAAAAGGGAUGAAAGUAGAUAGGUUUAAGCUUUAAUUAUGAUAUGUGUAUUACUGUUGUCAAAAUUCUGUCCUGUUGAUAUGUGUGACAUUUUUAGAGACUAGUUUUUAUUUUAUUUUAUAGUUUAUCAACUAAUUAUGCCUUGGCAGAUAUUUGGCUGUCUCCUGCCAUUAACUUGUGGAAAGAAUAAUUUCCAAAUUAAUAGUUUUUAAUAAAUUAAAAAAAAAUGCCCCCUCUUCUGCUAAUUUUUUAAUAGAUAAAGGAAUAAUGAAAACAGUAGUUUGUUAACUCAACAUAGGUUUGCAAAUUCUGGUCUAUCACUGUGUUUUUACAUGAAUUUUACAUACCAAAAGGGGUGAAUUUUUCCACACACACAAUGGGUUGCCACUAUAAAAUUACAUCUCAUGUUGCAUACACGAGCGAGACAGGACAACAUUUACUGGAUUGUUUAUUUAUUGAAUAAUGUUGAACGAGUAGAUGUAAUAAACUUAAUUUCAAAACUUCUAUAGCUGCUUCAGUGAUAAAUUGGGCAAAAAUAUGAAAUAUUCUUUGAAAAAAUAUAUUUUAAAAUUAUCUCUUUUGAACAAAGAAAUGUUUGUAUAGUUUACUUUUACAUGGUUUAUUUUCACUGUCUAUCAUUUAUGUAGUUUUUUUUCUUUCUUUUUUUAAUACACUUGUAAAGUUGUAAAUAGUAUGUAAAUUUAUAAUAAAUAAUAAAAAUUAA